AGAGAGAAAGAGGGGGUGGAGAUUGGAAGAGGUGGAGGCUGGAGGUGGCUCCAGUUCAGAGUUAGUGGAGAGUCUGUGUCAGGACUUCGCAAUCCCCAGUCACACACGGAGAGGUGCAUGAACGAAAAGGAGCUGGCGGUACUAUUCAUUGGGUUCCCCCCACACCCUUUCCAUUCCUUGCUUCCUUUUGGGCGAUUUCAUGCCCGGGCUCUCUUCUCCCCGUGGUUUUAAGCGCGGCCAGUUGGGCUCUUGAUCUCCUGUUCUUCAACGGGGCAGAGCAUCCGAGGGAAGAAGACGCGAAGCCCGAGGAAGGAAGGGCUGGGACUGGAUCCUGCCAGAGGCCAGAAUGUCAUCAAGGGUGAUGCAAAGAAGAUGGAAGAAAAGGACGGAGAAAGAGAGGCUGCCUUUUUAGAAGAAGAUAUUUGAUUUUCUUUUUUUAAUGCCUGGUGGUCUCUGAGCAUUGCAAUUGCAUCCAACCCCCCUUCUCGCCUUCGCCUCCUCCCUGAAGAAAAGAAACCGAAGAUCGAAUUAUUGGCAUCGUGGUUUUGUUUUUCCGUUUUUUCUUUUCUUUCUAAACAGUCGUUCCAGUUGCUCAAAGAAAAGAGAAAUCUAGGACUCCAGGGCUGGUCAUAUCCAGUGGGUUUUGCACCUAAGCUCUCUUUUGUUGUGGUGCUUUUAGAGUACCGGAAGAAUUGUUUCGAUUUUUCUUUCUGGCUUGUGCCGUUUCUUUUCUCCUCCCUCUAAUAAUUUGCCUUCCUCCCUCUUUUUUUGAGGGGGGAGGGAGAGAAAGAGCAGCGCGCGUUGGGAACUGUGGGGGGAAAAUGUUGACUUAACCCCUCUAAAAGCCCCUCGGCUGGCUGGGUUUGCUUGGAGAAAGGGAGAAGGACGAGGAAGAAGAAGAGAAGCCGCUGCCUUUUGUACAUUUUUUUUUGUCCCAGCUCAGCGAGCUGCGAAGCCAGCUGUUUCCCUGGCUUUCAAACACUUCUACCCAGCCCGGCUCUUUUGCCUGACCGGCGAUCCUUCGGCUCGAUCUGGCUUUCUGCUGCUGCUGCCGCUUCCCAGGCCCAACCCUCGUGAUCGUAAAGGGACUCAUCCAGUGCACCUCCUUUCUGGGGCACCCAGAUGCCAGAGAAACCCUGGCUCGCAAUUGGCUGCAAAUCCAAAGUUAUGAAGAUGAAUGAUGUAGACCACCCUCUUGAAUGACGCUGGGCAUUUUAUAACUGGGAUCGUUAAGGAAUAAAAAAAGAAAUCGGUUUUAAAGGGGGUCAAUAAUGGUGACUUCUGAUUGCAGAAUGAAAAGGUUUUGGCUGCUUCUGAUAGUCAGCUUCCUGCAGUGUUCAGAAGGUUUUAGCCGAGCAGCACUACCAUUUGGUUUGGUAAGGAGAGAACUGUCCUGUGAGGGCUACUCCAUUGAUCUUCGGUGUCCAGGAAGUGAUGUCAUUAUGAUAGAGAGUGCUAAUUAUGGACGGACAGAUGACAAGAUCUGUGAUGCUGAUCCUUUCCAGAUGGAGAAUACUGAAUGUUUCCUCCCUGAUGCCUACAAAAUUAUGACACAAAGGUGCAACAACAGAACUCAAUGUAUAGUAGUUACUGGGUCGGAUGUGUUUCCUGAUCCUUGUCCUGGAACAUAUAAAUACCUCGAAGUCCAAUAUGAAUGUGUCCCUUACAAAGUGGAGCAAAAAGUUUUUGUUUGCCCUGGGACAUUGAAAGCUGUGGUGGAUUCCCCAAAUUUAUAUGAAGCUGAACAGAAGGCAGGUGCAUGGUGCAAAGAUCCUCUUCAGGCUGCAGAUAAAAUAUACUUCAUGCCGUGGACUCCAUACCGCACUGAUACUUUGAUAGAAUAUGCAUCUUUAGAGGACUUCCAAAAUGGACGCCAACAGACGACAUAUAAGCUUCCGAAUCGAGUGGAUGGUACAGGAUUUGUGGUAUACGAUGGCGCGGUCUUUUUUAAUAAGGAAAGAACCCGAAACAUUGUCAAAUUUGACUUAAGGACUAGAAUUAAGAGUGGAGAAGCUAUUAUAAAUUCUGCCAACUACCAUGACACAUCCCCUUACAGAUGGGGGGGAAAGACUGAUAUUGAUCUGGCAGUGGAUGAAAAUGGCUUAUGGGUAAUUUACGCGACAGAACAAAACAAUGGGAUGAUAGUCAUUAGCCAACUCAAUCCAUAUACUCUGCGUUUUGAAGCAACAUGGGAAACAACCUACGACAAACGGGCAGCAUCUAAUGCUUUUAUGAUAUGCGGGGUGCUUUACGUUGUGCGAUCAGUUUACCAAGACAAUGAAAGUGAAACAGGUAAAAAUGCAAUCGACUAUAUUUACAACACCAGAUUAAGCCGAGGAGAAUAUGUAGAUGUUCCUUUCCCCAACAUGUAUCAUUAUAUUGCUGCUGUGGAUUACAAUCCAAGAGACAAUCAACUGUAUGUGUGGAACAACAAUUUCAUCCUACGAUAUUCUCUUGAAUUUGGUCCACCUGAUCCUGCCCAAGUGCCUACCACAGCAGAGACAAUAACUCCAUCCACAGAGCUAUUCAGAACAACUGUAUCUACCACAAGCACUACCCCACACAAAAUUCCUGUUAGCACAACUAUGGCUGCAGGAACAAAAGAAGAUAGUAGAGGCCCCAAGUCACCACCAGCAGUUUCUACAACCAAAAUUCCUCCCGUUACAAGUUUUUUCCCUCUGCCUGAGAGAUUCUGUGAACCAGAUGUGGCCCGGGGGAUUAGCUGGCCUCAGACUCAAAGGGGAAUAAUGGUGGAACGUCCCUGCCCCAAAGGAACCCGUGGAACAGCUUCAUACCUCUGCAUGAUUUCCACAGGAACAUGGAACCCUAAGGGUCCUGAUCUUAGCAACUGUACUUCACACUGGGUAAACCAGCUGGCUCAGAAGAUCAGAAGUGGAGAAAAUGCUGCUAACCUUGCCAAUGAAUUGGCUAAACACACCAAAGGACCAAUUUUUGCUGGUGAUGUGAGUUCAUCAGUCAGACUGAUGGAACAGUUGGUAGACAUCCUUGAUGCUCAGCUGCAAGAUUUGAAGCCCAAUGAGAAGGACUCUGCAGGGCGGAGUUACAACAAGCUCCAAAAGCGAGAGAAGACAUGCAGGGCUUACCUUAAGUCCUGGAAGUUGCAGUACUCAGCACAGAAGGGCAAGUGCAGGACUUAAAAUUUCCUCAGGGCAAUGCCGGCGGCAACUCCAUCCAGCUGUCUUCAAAUACCGUGAAGCAGAACAGCAGAAAUGGGUUAGCAAAGCUGGUGUUCAUCAUUUACAAAAGCUUGGGCCGGUUUCUUAGUACUGAAAAUGCAACCAUCAAGUUAGGAACUGAGUUUGCUGGCAGGAACAGAACCAUCGCUGUGAACUCUGAUGUCAUUGCCGCCUCCAUCAACAAGGAGUCCAGUCGUGUCUAUUUGACCGAUCCCGUUCUUUUCACUCUGGCACACAUCGAUCCCAACAAUUAUUUCAAUGCUAAUUGCUCCUUCUGGAACUAUUCAGAGCGGACUAUGAUGGGAUAUUGGUCAACUCAAGGCUGCAAGCUGAUUGACACAAAUAAAACACAUACCACGUGUGCAUGUAGCCACCUAACUAAUUUUGCAAUUCUCAUGGCACAUAGGGGAAUUGUGUACAAAAAUGGAAUGCAUGGCUUACUCCUCACUGUCAUCACCUGGGUAGGAAUUGUCAUCUCCCUUGUCUGCCUGGCGAUUUGCAUCUUUACUUUCUGUUUCUUCCGUGGCCUUCAAAGUGAUCGGAACACAAUUCACAAGAACCUUUGCAUUAACCUCCUCAUUGCCGAAUUUAUUUUCCUAAUAGGCAUCGAUAAAACCGAAUAUAAGAUUGCCUGCCCCAUAUUUGCAGGCCUCUUACAUUUUUUCUUCCUGGCAGCUUUUGCCUGGAUGUGCCUAGAAGGGGUACAACUAUAUCUUAUGUUAGUAGAAGUAUUUGAAAGUGAAUAUUCCAGGAAGAAGUACUAUUAUGUUGCUGGCUAUCUCUUUCCUGCAACUGUUGUCGGUGUUUCAGCAGCUAUUGACUAUACAAGCUACGGAGCAAAGAAUGCUUGCUGGCUCAAGGUGGACAACUAUUUUAUCUGGAGUUUUAUUGGGCCUGUUACCUUCAUUAUUCUGCUGAAUCUUAUCUUCCUGGUGAUCACACUGUGCAAAAUGGUGAAGCACUCAAACACUUUGAAACCAGACUCUAGCAGGUUGGAAAACAUUAAUAAUUACCGUGUUUGUGAUGGCUACUAUAAUACGGACUUACCUGGCUAUGAAGAUAAUAAGCCAUUUAUCAAGUCUUGGGCUCUAGGUGCAUUUGCUCUCCUAUGUCUUCUUGGUCUAACAUGGUCUUUUGGACUGCUUUACAUCAACGAGGAGACUAUUGUGAUGGCAUACCUCUUCACAGUAUUUAAUGCUUUCCAGGGAAUGUUUAUUUUCAUCUUUCAUUGUGCACUGCAGAAAAAAGUACGCAAGGAAUAUGGCAAGUGCUUCAGACAUUCAUAUUGCUGUGGUGGGUUACCCACAGAGAGCCCACACAGUUCAGUAAAAGCAUCAACAACACGAACAAGUGCCCGCUAUUCCUCUGGCACUCAGAGCCGAAUAAGAAGAAUGUGGAAUGAUACUGUGAGAAAGCAAUCUGAAUCUUCCUUUAUCUCAGGUGAUAUCAAUAGCACUUCAACCCUUAAUCAAGGAGUGACUGGCAAUUACCUACUAACAAACCCUCUUCUUCGACCGCACGGCACUAACAAUCCUUAUAACACAUUGCUCGCUGAAACCGUUGUAUGUAAUGCCCCUUCAGCUCCUGUGUUUAACUCACCAGCAACCUACAGAGAGACAAGACAUUCACUGAACAAUGCCAGGGAUACAAGUGCCAUGGAUACUCUACCGCUAAAUGGUAAUUUCAACAACAGCUACUCUUUGCGCAAUGGAGACUAUAAUGACAGUGUGCAAGUUGUAGACUGUGGACUAAGCCUGAAUGAUGCCGCAUUUGAAAAAAUGAUCAUUUCAGAAUUGGUGCACAACAACCUGCGGGGUAGCCACAAGAACCAUAACCUGGAGCGCACGUUACCAAUCAAAGCUGUGAUCGGUGGGAGCAGUAGUGAAGACGACGCCAUUGUUGCUGAUGCUUCGUCUUUAAUGCACAGUGAUAACACGGGCCUGGAGCUGCACCAAAAGGAACUUGAGGCCCCAUUGAUUCCUCAACGGACUCACUCUCUUCUGUACCAACCACAGAAGAAAGUGAAGAUAGAAGGAACUGAUAGUUACGUGUCACAGUUGACAGCUGAAGUGGAAGACCACCUCCAAUCACCCAACAGAGACUCGCUUUACACAAGUAUGCCCAACCUCAGAGACUCUCCGUACCUUGAGAGCAGUCCUGAUAUCGAGGAAGAUCUCUCUCCCUCCCGGAGAAGCGAAAAUGAGGACAUUUACUACAAAAGUAUGCCAAACCUUGGAGCUGGCCAUCCGCUUCAGAUGUACUAUCAAAUCAGCAGAGGGAACAGUGAUGGCUAUAUAAUUCCCAUUAACAAGGAAGGAUGUAUUCCAGAAGGGGAUGUUAGGGAAGGACAAAUGCAGCUAGUGACAAGCCUUUAAUAGAGUAGCAAAGGAAUCCUGAAGGCCACAUGCAAGUAUUAAACAGACAGACUUAAUUGGCUCCAUGCAGACCCCCUCAUAUCUGCUUGAAGUGACUAUUCUCUUGUCCCUGUGGUUUCUCCCAUGUAAAGGAGUUGACUGGACCUUUCAGUUCUGUGAAUUUUUAUAAAACAAAAAAAAAAAGCUUUGUAUAUACACAGAGUAUACUAAAAGAAUUAUUUGUUA